CCAUUGCUAUCAUCACCAACGCCGAAGCAACGAUGCCCCUGUACGAACUCCUCUGCGUAUCGGCCAUCACGCCAUCGACGGCUCCCUUUCGCGAACUCGUCCGCUCAACAACGAGGCUCGUAGUCGACCAUGGAGGCGCAGUCAGGGCAAUGAGAUAUUGGGGACGCAGGCAACUCCCACAGAGGACAAGAAGACAUCAGCAAUGGCAUUACGAGGGAGACUACUUCCUCAUGCACUUCGACACAUCCCCACCCGUCCUCUCGCAACUCUCCUCGCGACUUCGUGCGGACCCGCGAGUGGUCAAGUGGACGACGCUGAAGCUCGGUGAGAAGCUUGAGGAGAUCACACCUCCGGGCACGUCGGCUGGCUACACGGAUGCCCAGGGGAUGGCCAUGUACGGCGAGACGAGGCCAACCCCACCGGCUAAUACCGUCAUGGGAGGUGGCAAGACGGUUGAGUGAGUGGCUUCAUCGGGGAGUCUAUGGACCGCCGGAGGCGCUGCUUUCGCCGUACGAGGAAGGUCUCUCCUGGAGGAUUUGAGUCUUCAGAGCAACAGAUAAGCUUGUCCGUGUAGGGCGGCUUUGUACAUCAGCAAUCACAUCACAUCCAUCUCCCAUCGAAGCCGCUUUGCCAAUCACAGAGGGACGGCAC